CCAAAUCUUAAUUAACGUAACCUUAAGAACAAAGCCUAUUCCUCUCUUUUCAUCUGUUUUUGCUUGCCUAUAACUAAACGAACUCAAGUCGCUCAAAAGAGAAGAAACCACAAAUAUUCAAAGUGAGAAAGGAAAAGCGGGAUCAUGUAGCCCAGACUACACCAUUUGCCUAAGAAAACGGAAAAUCUAACUCUCUCUCUCUCUCUCUCUCUCUAUAUAUAUAUAUAUAUAUAUAUAUAUAUAAUAGCUUAAUGAACUUAUAUCCCUCAACAGCAAAAAACAUUUCCAUCAUUGCAUCACUACUGUUUUACAGAAACAGCACAAGUUAGCUACUAAAUUAUUUAGGCUAUUGAAAUAUCAUCCAGAUAUUUGUUAUGGAUUUUGUCCAUGGCGGUACUGAUAGUACUGAUCAUGAGAAGAAAACUUCUGUUCUUCAAGGAGAUAAUUUCUUCAUCGAUAGAGUUAUCUCAAGAAACUCUUCUGUGGGUUGCUCUUCGCGUAUAUUCUACUACCGGAGUGCAGAAGGGGUACCAUUUAAAUGGGAAAUGCAGCCAGGGACACCCAGAGAUCCCCCCAAAGAAGAAAUUAUUCCCGCACUUAGCCCCCCACCGGCUAUGCUCAGCUUAGGGUUGCCAAAGCCAUGCAUAGAUAUUGAAGAGCCUAAGACUUCAAUGCGGUCAAGGUUCAGAUUCUGGAAACACAUCAAGAAAAAUAAAAGAAACAAGAAAUCCCAACAAGGGUCUGAGGGGAAUAAUGUUGUAAAUGUUGCUAAUGACGAGUCUUGUACAUUUGAAAGGUUUGAUUUUUAUGGCUCUGAUAAUGGUGAUUUCAUAGCCUCGUCUCCGCGCAAUUCAAGCUCUUCAUCUUCACUGUCUUCCUCUAAUGGCCAUUCAAGGCAAUUGCCGAGAAUUGAGAGUCCUUCUAGGGGAUCAACGCAAGAGCCUCAUGGUUGCAUUCCUUGGAAUUUUAACGCAGUUCUUGUUAGUGUUGCGAGGCGAAAUAUCUGACAAUUUCCCUUGAGAUCAUAUGCUAUCUGUAGUAAUCAUGCGGUAAGAAUAUUAAUUGGUUUUUUGUGCUUUGUUUGGUGAUACAAAUCAAGAAUUUCGUGGUGCUACAUAUUAUAGUAAUUAGUUAUGUAUAUCAACAUCAUAUGUAUUAUCACUCCGAAUUAUGCGUUAAUUUAUAAUAAUUUUCAGCAUCAAAUUAAUGAUCAGCUACUGGCUCCCCUUUUUGCCUU